AGGGGAGGGGAGGUUUGCAAUCCAGUUUGAUGCAGCGAGUACAAAGCCGCUUUAGGCCCGCAGGUGGCGCAGGAACAUCCCCUGCCUUCUCGGCCGCCAUUGCUUUCAGCUGGCGAGAAGCAGAACAGUCAGUCGCUAUGGCGGGCGAACUCGAGAGUUCCAAGCCCCUGAGUGGCCUGCUGAAUGGCCUGGCGCAAAGCACCUUUCACAGGCAUUCGGGCAUCACAGAAGAACUGCUACGGACCCAGCUUUACCCAGACGUGCCACCUGAAGAAUUCCGCCCCUUCCUGGCCAAGAUGCGGGGGAUCCUGAAGUCUAUUGCAUAUGCAGACAUGGAUUUCAACCAAUUAGAGGCAUUCCUGACUGCUCAAACCAAAAAACAAGGUGGAAUUACAGCUGAUCAAGCAGUAGUCAUUUCCAAAUUCUGGAAAAACCACAAGACAAAAAUCAAGGAGAGUCUAAUCAAUCAAAGUCGAUGGGAGAACAGUCUGAAAGCCAUGAAUUGGAGAGUAGAUUUGAAAUCUCAGUCAAAACACUUUGAGCAAAUCAAUGUUCCUGUUGCUAUUGUGGAAUUAGAACUGGGGAAAAAUGGACAGGAAUCUGAAUGUCUGUGUUUGGAAUUUGAUGAAAUCAAGCUCAGCCAAAUCCUGAAGAAGCUCACUGAGGUGGAAGAAAGCAUCAACACCCUGACAAAUCCUGCCUGACCAUGGAGAUGACUGCAGAAGAAGUGAGGGAAUUUGCUGUAGAAGCCACCAUCAACUUCUAACCAUUUUCCUCUUUUCUGUAUAACAUUCCACUUCAUUAAAUUCUCAAACUAGAA